GAUGCAAAUUCGAGCUGACUUCUUCAUCCUCCGCAUAAACGCCAGCUAAAGCUUCCCUUCUUACCAGAGAGCACAUCGGCUUCACCAUCGAACCAAAAGAGAGUUCGACAUGAAGAACCAAACAAGCUCCCACGCCGACCCAAGGAAUCAAUGCAAACAACUCUUAAUUCCUGGCAGCAGGGUAGCCUAGUAACGAGGACUGCGUCUUUCAAUCAAACCUGCAUACCAACAAUGACGAUCGAACCUCCUUACAAUACGAAAAUGCACACCUUACCCGACCUCGACAAGGACGACUUCGAACAGGCCCUAUAUCUGGGCGUCGAGAGUGUGCUUGAUGAUGACAAUUCGUUUUUGGACAUGCAGGAUCCUGAGCCAGCUGCUGAAGCUGAUGAAAACUCAGCUGGGCAUUUGCCAAUUGCGAACAUGUCCGAGGGAGAUGUAGUGGCUUACUUUGAGCAGCUACGGGGACGCGUUCGCAAGUCACUCGAAACGGAAUGGGAUGAGGUCGAGAACUUUUUGCGUAUGAGCGAGGAAACAAUAGAACGGGAUAAAUUCAAGGCUCAAUUCGAAGCUUUUCGCUGCGAGGAAUCAACUAUUUCUGGUUGGAAUCCCGCUCUUAUCGUCGAACCAUCUGGGGAUCCCGCUCACAAUGUGCAUCUCAAGCUCAACUACCCCACGUUCCGAACCAAGCGCCUCGAAUAUGGAGAAUCGGCGGACGACUCGAAUAACUCAACACGGCUAUUGAUGUUAAAGGGGUUGAAUGCUUCGAACGCCCUCUGGUACGAAUCCUGUUUCCGGAGACAGGCCCCUGCAAGCAGCCGCCACCAGGAGGUCGCGACAAAGCACUGGCCUCCGAACAUAAAAGAGUUGCACUCAAGCUUUUCCCAGAGAUGUGAAUCGCUUGCAAAGAAGGUUCUGGUUGUGUUCGGUGCACCUAAUCGAAAGGACUUCAACCAACGUCGGUCAGUCACUGAGCGCACUGUGAACGCCAGCCCCACAGAACUCGUCACGCUCGGUAUAGUGCGGAAGCCUAACCGGUCGAUCGAGUAUCUUGUGGUCUACUGCCCACAUCCAGAAUGGCUGGUCUGGCACUGGACUGUAUGGGCUGGGCGAUACUAUGACGCAUGCAUCAACGUAGCUGCUGCUCUAGGGAACCUCAAUGUGCAUCCACAUUACUUCGAAGAACGCGCCAGAAGUGUCAAGGCCGCCGCGACCCAAAAAAUCGCUUUUCGUGACAUGGAUACAACUAGGAAACUCGAGAAACAGAAUAGGGUGCGUUGCCUCCCACGCGACCUGCCGGAAUCAGCUCUACAAUUUGCACGCGAACACGAAAUUACAAUGGGCCAUAUGGUUAGCUCUUUUACCGCUGGUUGGAGCGUAGCUCAGCUGCUGUAUGAUCGUAUCCAGAGUAUUCGGCCCAAGGCUUCGUCAUGGAAUAACGGCGUGCGCAUGCCAAGGAAUCUGACACGGAAUAUGCCUGCUCAAGCCCCCCGAACCGCAACUGCUCCGCAGACCUCGUCGUACACAACUCCAAUCAAGAUUGUGCCGAACAAAACGAGAUCAAAAAAUCCGAUUCUGCAGACUGCUGUCGUACAUGUUGGUCGCGAGUUGGCUUUGAUGUGUAUUCGGUGUGGAGCCACACCACACAGUAAGCCUAUCGACCGUGAACCUGUAUUCGUCACAAUUUCUGCAGCAAAGGGUAAAUACGUUGCACAGCGGCAGAGUUGUGCUACGCUGUCAUGUCGACCCAAGACAAGGAAGGGCCAGGUUGACCAGUUCAUGGUUCCCCAAGAUGCCAAUAUUCCUUUCAUUCGGUCUGAUAAUCUGGCAAAAGUUGAGGUUCCACGAGGUGUAUGUAAGAACUAGGUUCUAGAGUAUAGAACUCAUUUACACUCGAUGCUGUAGCCCUUGGUAGUAGUUACCAGACGCCUUUACCUUGAUUGACAAAGGGCAAACUCAAAAUGAGCACUUCAUUCAAGAAGAUG